GGUAAUCUUAAGAGGCACUUAAAAUCACAUGCCAGAAAGGGCCACAUCGAGAACCAGCAAGUGGACAAGACGUUUUUGGUUACAUCACACCAAGAAAACACCCAUGGACAAGCGCGAAAAACUAAAAAAUUGUAUACUGACCGGUUUACCGUUCAAGUGGUGCCCCGUCGAUGACUGUGAAGUUGUCACUCAUCUCAUGAGGAGCCACAUCACACGUAAACAUCGAUUAAAACCAGGUCCCUUGUUGGAAAAUUACCUGCGUGUUGUGCGAUCGUACAAAGGGAAAAAGAUUAUGAAGGAGAUCGAGCUUGCGAGGACCUCCACCAGGCCCCCAACGCACACAAUAACAUCUGCAUCAGCAACAACAUCUGCAUGCAUCAGCUCACCUUCCCCACCAACAGUCCACUCCACAGAUAGUGCCAUGGAAUCUCAAGACAUAAAAGAAGAUAUCACAACUGAGGAGAGGGACGAUGAAGAAGAGUCAUGCCCUGAUGAUGAAAGAAUGAUUGAUUAUCCAACAGCGUCAAGUCCAAAGGACAAGAUGCAGACUUGGCUAGGCCUAUUUUACAAGUAUCUUAACACGCCAGACUGUGGGAGAAAGAGAGACAAAAACCGUCUCCAGCAUGCCACCCACGUUCGAACAAUUUUAGAAGAUAUUGACCCAGAGGGGAAAGACAUCGAGAUACUAUCAGAAGAUGAAGGAUACAUUGUAUGGACAGAGUGGGUGGACAGAAAAUUAGAAAACAAGCGGUCAGGUACUGUCCGUUCACACCUUGGCUCUUACAAUCACUUUCUAAAAUUUGUCACCAGAGGGUGA